CCACUGCCCCCAGCCAGCUUCUCGGAGCCGGGCGGGACAAGGGCUCAGUGGGGCCAGGCGGGGGGAGGGCUUACUCCCGCUUGCAGUCUGGGGGUUUGUGGUUCACGACCAGGGGUGCCUCCAGGCUGGCGACUCCUGGUGAUGGGCACCGGUGGGGCAAGGAGCCUGUGCCCAUCCCUGGGCAGGUGGCUGAGCAGGGGAGGGCUGUGACUGCCUCCGGCGUUGCGGCGCUAAGCCUCUACUGGGCGGGACUGCGACUAUUGGAAGCGUGGCCACAGGAGUGGGCUGUGGGAUCUGGGAGUGAGGCAGAGCAGAGCACGGGGCUGGAUGUGGCUGAGCCCAACCCCAGCACCAGCAAGACCUCCGCUGGCUCCCACUGCUGCAGGCGAGCGAGCGGCAGCGUCCCCAGCAUGCUGCGGAACGAGGUCCUGCUCUGCUUUGCCUUCUACAGCACCAUCCUCAUCGUCAAGAUGUUCGUUGUUGCCAUCAUCACAGGGCAAGUGAGGCUCAGAAAGAAGGCCUUUGCCAACCCCGAGGACGCUCUGCGCAAUGGGGGGCUGCAGUUCUGCCGCCUGGACCCCGACGUGGAGCGCUGCCGCAGGGCCCACCGCAAUGACAUGGAGAACAUCUUCCCCUUCCUCUUCCUUGGAGCCAUCUACUCCCUGCUGGACCCCAGCCUGGCAGUGGCCAGGAUCCACUUCCUCACCUUCUGCGCCGGGCGCAUCGCCCACACUGCUGCCUACCUGCUGCAGCUCAGGGCCCCCACACGCUCCGUGGCCUACAGCCUGGCACAGCUGCCCUGCUUCUCCAUGGCUCUGCAGAUCCUCCUUGCCACCACCCCAUACUGGUAAUGCCCACUGAGCCCCACCAUCCCAGCCCCCUCAUCCUGGCGUCCCCAGCUGGGUUGGGUGAGGCAUGGGAGCGUGCACCAAUGUGUGUGGGCAUAGGGUGUGUGCCCCAGGGAUGCCACCUGUGCCCCAGCGACGCUCAGUGCGGCCCUGUGCUGUGGAAAUUGGGCAAGGAAAUCACCAAAGAGAGGGGGCACAGCUCACCACGGGGCAGGAAGGGAUGCAGAGGUUUGGCUCAGUCCUGCCAAGAGCAGGAGGAGGAAAGCUGCUGGACUGCCCCUCAAGGAGGAGAGCACCGAAGGAGAAAAGGUUCUCUGGCCAGUUUGGAGCUGGGAAGGGGAAGAUGUGCCCUGUCCCCCUGGUCACAAACCCUUUGAAUCAGGAAGGGAAAAUCCUGAGGGUCCCUCCCACAAGUGUCUCGGUCAGCAGAUGUGGGUGGUAACAGCUGGGGCUUCCAGCUGUGCCAGGCACCAAAGCUGCUCCCUCACCCCCACUGCCCUUGGAGGUGCUCUUGCUGAGACCUCACUGAGCACAAGGCAUGGGGUGAAAUGCCAGGCCUGAGCCCUUGCCCAGCCUGGGUAGCAGCUUCUGCACCAGUAACUCCCGAGCCCAGCACAGAAGUGGCCUUGGGCUAAGCUGUGGGUGGGGUUUGGAGCAAAGUGCUCUGCUCUGCUAUGGGGAGCACAGGGCCCACCAUGUGGGCAAGCUGGGCAGGGUGGGCAGAGCUGCAGCUUCAUCGCUUUGGCCACUUCUCAUUUAGGCAGCCCAGCAGAUGCCUGGGCAAUGCACACCCCUCCUAACAUGCCUCCUCUUCCUCACAUGGUGCACGAGCUCUCCAGCCCUGUAUGUGUCUCUGCUGCUGCGCAGGCAUCCUGGUGGCAGGAAGCAAACACUCCCAAUAAAAACAAACCCCUCUGCUCUGA